AUGAUGCCUGAUACGGCUGAUCGUUCCGGGCCAGAAACCGAAUACGCGGACCGUUCGGCAGCUGUAAUUGACGCCAUUAUGCUCCAGAAUUUAACUUUUCCACCCUACCUCAAUGCGUUGACAACUUCGAAUGUGAACGGUGCGGGGCCUGCACCUUCGCAGUUUUCUGGCACCGGAUCAGAAUCGGUUGCCCCCGAUGCUGGUGGUAUCACACCACCAAAACGUACGGCUGUGGCGGAUGUGAAGAGUGGUUUGCCUCUUUACAUAUCCAGAACAAAUGGAAAUCACACCAACGGGACGAGUAAACUGGACAGUCAUGAAACGUCCACCAACUGUGUUAUGGUACUCAAUGGCGGACCGGUCGAUUCCCUAAAAGAGACAACACCAAAUGGUUCACCCGCGGGUACGCUUACGUUGCGGACGACCACAGGUAACAACUUGAUCAAUGCAACGGCGGCCACCAUCUAUGCACUCCAACAUCCGCAGAAUGCAACCAUGCUAAAUGUUCCUUCGCAUCCACACCACCAACAUCCGAUGGCGGGGCCGCUGGCUGCAGUCUCACUGGCCGCAGUGGUCAACGGCAACAUGGCGGGCAAUGGUAUGACUCCGGCGCAUUUUCCCACCGUACCUGAUCAUACUGGUUACUUCCAGCCAGCU